CACGUCAUCUUUGUAGUCUGGGAGGUUUGAGGCUGCAUAAGUUUGUCUCUAACAAUAAGGCAGUUUUAGAGAGCAUACCAUCCUCUGAACAUGCAACAGAUGUUAAGACUGUUGAUCUUUCCCUCCCCAAUGAGCCUUUGGAAAGAGCUUUAGGCCUUUACUGGCAUCCGGAUGAUGACAACUUCAUAUUUCGUGUUAACUUUAAGGACCAACCAGCAACUCGAAGAGGUAUACUGUCAACUGUGGCCUCCUUGUUUGAUCCCUUAGGGUUUCUUUCGCCGUUUGUACUGAAGGGAAAGGCUAUUCUUCAAGAAACCUGCAGAAAUGACAUGGGCUGGGACGAUCCCUUACCUGAUGUGUUGCGGCCCAGGUGGGAGCACUGGAAGACAGAUCUCACUAACUUGGUGAAGGUCAAGGUUCCUCGUUGUGUUGUACCUGCUAGAUUUGGAAAAAUCACAAGGAAAGAGAUUCAUAACUUUUCGGACGCCAGUACGAAUGGGUAUGGCCAGUGCUCAUACCUCCGAAUCGAAAACGAACAAGGUGAUGUUCAUUGUACUUUGCUGAUGGCUAAAUCUAGGGUAGCUCCACUCAAAGUCACAACAAUUCCUCGGUUAGAGUUGACUGCUGCAGUUGUGUCAGUUGCAGUAAAUGAUGUGCUGAAAGAAGAAAUGAAUCUUACUGAUGCAGAGGUAUAUUUCUGGACUGACUCCCAAGUGGUACUGGGUUACAUCAGUAACGAAGCUCGUCGCUUUCACACAUUUGUUGCGAAUCGAGUUCAGAGAAUUCAUCACAGUUCCGCUCCUCAACAGUGGCGGUAUAUUCCCUCGGAUGAGAAUCCAGCCGAUUAUGCAUCACGAGGCCUAAGUAUUGAUGAUCUUGUCACUUCCUGCUGGUUCACUGGACCCAACAUCUUAUGGCAAAGACAUAUACCUCCUCCUGUGGAUGUUAACCCUCAACUUCAAAUUGGAGAUCCAGAGGUCAAAAAGGCUACAUCACUGAAUACCUAUACAGUAGGGGACACCUGUUUAUCUGACCGACUCACAAGGUUAUCUUCAUGGUCCAAAGUCACCCAAGCAGUGGCACGCCUACUUCGUAGAGUGAGAAAGGACAAGUCAAGUGAUCACAGUACAGUAGCGGAGCGUGAGGAUGCUAAGCGCACUGUUAUCAAAGACUUGCAGAGUCAGACAUAUCCAGAGGAGAUAGCAUUGUUGAGUAAGGGCAAGACACUACCUUGCAGUAACAGGCUACACUAUCUUGAUGCCUUUGUGGAUCAUGAUGGAUUGCUUAAGGUGGGAGGAAGACUCGGCAAUGCUUCUGUUUCACACUCUGUCAAACAUCCGGUGAUCCUUCCAAAGGAACAUUACCUAACAAAACUCCUAAUUGCUGAUUGUCAUAAAAAAACUGGACAUCAAGGUAAAGGCUUAACUAUCAAUGAGAUCAGAUCAAGAGGAUUCUGGAUUCCAGGAGUAAACAGGACUGUAGCUUCUUUUGUGCAACAUUGUAUAAAAUGUCGUAAACACCGCAGACCCACAGAACAUCAAAAAAUGGCAGAUCUGCCCUCAGAGCGCAUAGAUCCAUCCCCGCCAUUCACGUACUGUGGAAUGGACUGUUUUGGCCCGUUCUUCACAAAACAAGGGCGUAGAUCAUGCAAGAGGUACGGACUUCUCCUCACCUGUUUCUGUUGCAGAGCCAUCCACAUUGAGAUGCUGGAUGAUAUGUCCACGGACUCCUUUAUUAAUAGUCUGAGAUGUUUCAUCGCCAUCAGAGGAGCGGUUUGUCAGAUAAAGUGUGACCAAGGAAGUAACUUUAUUGGAGCCAAGAACGAGUUUGCAAAGGCUUUAAGGGAGAUUGACAACAACCGUCUGGUGGCAUUCUUGGCAGAAAGGCAGUGUGACUUUGUCUUUAACGCACCUCAUGCAAGUCACACCAUAGGAAAUAGGGAGAGACAGAUUAGGACCGUAAGAAGCGUCCUUCAUUCUACUCUGUCCUUAUCUUCUGGAAGACUGGAUGAUUCCUGUCUACGGACCUUCUUCUACGAAGCUAUGGCAAUUGUAAAUAGCAGACCGCUGACAAUAGACAAUCUAAAUGAUCCUAAAAGUCCUGAACCCCUAACCCCAAACCAUCUGCUCACUUUGAAAUCUGCCCAAGCUUUACCACCCCCUGGCAAAUUUGUCAGAGAAGACCUGUAUGCUCGCAAGAGAUGGCGCUAUAUCCAGUACUUAGCGGAACAGUUCUGGAGCCGUUGGAGAAAGGAGUACUUGUCUAACAUCGCAACCAGACAAUGCUGGCUAACCCCCAAGAGGAACAUGCAAGUUGGAGAUAUAGUGUUGGAGAAAGCAGAAGACUUGCCUAGAAAUGUGUGGCGUAUGGCAAAAGUUAUUGAGACUGUGGUUAGCAAGGAUAAUCUAGUGAGAAGAGUAAAAAUACGCUUUGGAGACAGAAGGCUGGGAAAGGAUGGAAAACGUCUGAGCAAACCAUCAGUAGUCGAGCGCCCAGUGCAGAAGUUAGUCCUGCUGCUAGAGGCAGCUUAAACAACUUCAUGUAUCCUUUAAGCUAAGCAGUUCAUAAUAGAUGAUUAGUUCUUUGUUUUACUUUCAUCUAGGCUAAGUAAUGGUUAAUUUAUUUGAAAAUCACUCGUGAUUCAAGUUUGAGAUUAUAGUCACUCGUGAUUUUGGUGGGAGUGUAAAUAACCCACAAUUAUUUGAGUAGUUUUAAAUACGCUCUAUAUUCUCUACAUGCACUAUACUGAACAUAAGUUUAAGUUUUUUAAAUAUUAUGUGUUUAUUCUGGUUUGCAAAUUUAAUAUCGGCAAUUAAAGUUAUUAAGCCUAUAGAGACUUUUAUUUUGAAAUGACGCUAGACGGACUGCCGCGAAGAUCACGCAUACAUGAAAAAUCGGGCACAUGUGGAGAUCGCUCAUGCACGGAGAGAAGAAGCAACACGGUUACGGAGUCAAAAUGUUUAAAUAUAAAGUUAAAGCAGCAAAAAGUAAUUUAGAGUAGUUAUAUUUGCCUGAUUAGUGUAGCAUAUGGUUUAUUUUGGUUAUUUUUGUGUUUUUGGCCUUCUUUUAUUUUAGUACCUGGUUGAAGGAGGCACAAAGCUCUUACGGUGUUGUUGUGGACUCAAAUAAAAAGGGAAUUGUGGAUGCAACUAAGGUGUUUUAAAGUGUAAUACGGUGCAUUAUAAGAAAAAUAAAACAGGAAGAGUCAAACGCCAA